AUGAAAAAUAAGUCCUGGUUUUCUAUAGGCGGCAACGUAACAAAUGAUGUCAUCUUACUCCUCAUUUCCUAUUGGUCGGCAACUAUAGGACCGGCUUUCUCUGCUGUGGAUUUAGUUUCUGCAGGUAUAAGGAGCUGGACUGCAGAGAUGAGAGGGUUACUACCUGGGCUUGUGCUGGUAUACAGCGCCAUAUCGCUCCACGUAUCAGGCUACGUUAUGCAGGAGAUUUCGUUGUGCAGUUACGGGGAUGAUACGGUAGGAAAUGUGACGUUUCGGUAUUCCAUUACAUUUAAUCACGUGCCUGCACUGGGAUAUAACAACUCUAUAGGAAACUUCUUCACGGAGGAUGCCAUCGAUGCAAUGGAGAAAGUAGUGGAAAAUUAUACUGCGCAAUUCAACGAUAAUACGGAGAUGUUACAUUAUGUGCAAUCUGAGGAGAAGAGAUGUAAAGACAGUGUAAAGACAUUCUGGAAUGGUACUGUGAAGAGAAGAGUAAAACCAUCUAUGGAGGUAUUUUCUCCAGAGGAAUUUAACGAGGAAAAUCUCCCAGUACUGAUCUGCCAUGUUUGGGGCUUUUACCCACAAGACAUUAUUGUAACCUUGGUCAAAAAUGACAAGAUGGUGGUUAAGAGUGAGACUCAUUCUGAACGAGUCGGGGACUGGACCUACCAGGUUGUUGUAAAACUAGAUUUGCGGGAUUCCCAUCCUGGAGACAACUACACCUGCCUAGUAGAACAUCAAAGCCUCGAUGGUUCCAUGAUGAAAACUUGGAAACCUGGUUUGACCUCCACUCAGAUCAUUAAGAUCAGCGUCGCCGCAGGAUUCUUUGCACUAGGACUGAUCACCUUGAUCGCAGGAGUUUUUUGCUGGAUGAACGCCAAGAGAAGAGGUUACACUCCAAUCCCAGGAUACAAUGACGUUAACUGAGGCCCCACGAGAUUCUGAAGGGAUUGAGGACGAUCUCUGCACAGAACACUCCUGAGCUGUCCCCAGAUGGUUCUACAGACCCCAUGUGCAUCAUACAAGGACACUUAUGUGCAUUUUAAAUAUGUUUGCUUCAAGGACAAUUGCUUGUUAAAGGGGUACUCCGGUGGGAAAACUUUCUUUUUUUAAUCAACUGGUG